AUGGCUGCUCCAGACGAAAAGACAAGCGGCAUCCUGACUGAAGCUGCUCCUGAUGGUUCAGUAGUUGGACAACCUACAGCUGGGGCCAGCCCAGAGUUGGCGAAUAGCUCUGAAGAUGAGAAACCCAAGCAUGAGUUCAACGAACAGACAAAUUAUGUUCGUCCAAGGACUAUCAUUACAAUCUUCCUGGCUUGCGCCAGCGUGGAUCUCGUUGCUCUCAUGGACCAAACCACGCUCGCAGCCAGUCUAAACAUCAUCGGCAAUUCUCUCAAUGCCAGUAAUCAGACAGCAUGGAUUGCCAGCGGAUAUUUCAUGUAA